AAUGGAUGAUUUAGAUUUUGAGCAAUUCUAGAGAUACAUUCAAUAAGAGCAUCAUUAAAGUUAAAAGCAUGAUACAAGGAUGAAUGAUAAAGAAAAGGAUCGUGGACAUGAAAAAAAUAAAGACAAACAUAAUAAAGAGAGUCAUAAAGAAAGAGAUAAAGAGAGAGAAAAGGAUAAGAGUGCAGAAAGAAAAAAAAAGAAGAAGGAUGAAAAAAAAGAUAAGAAAAAGUAAUUAAAUUAUUAUUCAUUGAGGUAGAAGAUCAAGAUCAGCAUCAAAAUCUUCUAAGAAAAAAAAGGGUAAAAGAGAUAGAGAAAAAGAAAAGGAUAAAGAAUUACAACAAUAAGCCAUAACAACAUAACUAUUAAUGACUAAUGAUAUUUAAAAGAAAAGGGAAAUUGCAAAAUAAAGGAAAAUUGAAAUUAUGGAAGCAGAAAUUCGAGAAUUGGAAAGGAAGAUUGUAGAGGUAGAAAGAGAAUUAGAAGAAGCUCAUAGAUAAGAUCUUACUGUUUUAAUGUAUUGUUUACCAUUAAAGGCAAAAGAAAAGCAUAUAUAUCAAUUUUUCUAAACUGUAUAUUAUAUAUCAUUUAGUUUUUAUAUAGUUCAAUUGUGGUAAGAUUAGAGAUAUUAGGAUUAUAAGAGAUUAGAAAUCAGGUAGAUCUAGAGGAGUUGCUUAUGUUGAAUUUUAUUAAGAGGAAUCCAUUCCUAUGGCUUUGGCCUUAAAUGAUAGAUUAUUUAUUAUGGAUGGGCAAUAGGUUGGUACAAUUCCAGUUAAAAUACAAUUAAGUUAAGCUGAAAAAAAUAGAGCUGCUAGAGAUUAAAAGAAUAUGUAAAUCAAACAAAAUAAACUUUAAUCAAUCUAAGACUUAUAAAACAUGAAUGGUCCUGCAAGAGUUCAAGUUACAGGAAUGGCUGAAUAACUUUAAAGAAUUAGUGAAGAAGAUAUCAGAGAAGCCUUUGUUCCUUUUGGUACAAUAGAUACUGUUGAAAUUCCAAAGGAUGAAUAAGGAAGAAUGACUGGAGUUCUUUACGUUACAUAUGAAAAGGCAGAAUCAGCUAGAAAUAUGAUCGAAGUCAUUAAUAACUAACCAUUUUUAUUAAAUGGCAAACCUAUUAAAGUUUAAUUAGUUUCUGGUGCAAAUAAUUAUAUGGAUUUAUAACUAGAUGAUGAUUUAGUAUAGAACCCUGUUAUGAGAAUCACACUGAUGAAAAAAUUGAUGGAUGACAAUUUAAUUGAUAAUGUAAUUAAAUUUAUAUUCUUUAUAGAUCAAUCUACCUCCUUUAAUGACAUAAUUAGGUUUAACUGUAUAAAGAAUUUUAAACAUUAUUCAAUCUCCAAAUCCAUCUUUAGGUUGUAUUUCUGGUUGGAUGCCUCUUAAACAUAAUCCCCCUGCUUGUCCAUGUAUUACCAAAGUUAUUGUGUUAACUAACAUGUGGACUGAAUUAGAAAUCUCUAAUUAAGCUGCCAUAGUAGAAUUAAAAGAAGAAGUAGAAAGUUUUUAUUUUCUUUUUAUUUUAUAGAUGAAUGCAAAAAGUAUGGAGAUGUUGAAAUGGUUUGGGUUGAUAAAAAAAAUGAAGGUAAUGUUAUUAUUGUAUUUAAAUAAUGGGAAGCUGCUAAAUAAGUUAAUGUUUUAAUGAACAACAGAAAAUUCGGAAAUAAAGUUGUUUAAAGUUAUUUCAUUACAGAAAGUCAAUUCAUGAGCAUCAUCAAAUGA